AUGGCCGAAGCCAUCAGCACGGGUUCCUCGAAAAAGUGGCAUCGUUGCAACGUGUGCAAAGAGACCUUUGCGGAUGCCAGCCAAUUUACGUCGCACAUGCGGACACACGAGAACAAGGGCCUCUUCCGGUGUUCCGUGUGCUUGCAAAUGUUCACCCGAAAAUUCAAUCUUGCAGUUCACACGCGGAUCCACACGGGCGAGGAGCCGUUCAACUGCCCCAAGUGCCCCAGGACGUUCAAACGAAACGACUGCCUCAAGGCCCACCUGCGCACCCACGCGAAGAAGCCCUUCCAGUGCGUCGUGUGCCCAAAAUUCUUCUAUAGGAAGCACCACCUCACGGAGCACAUGGCCCAACACUCGAGCGAUAAGGGUGGAUUCAGCUGUUCGUGGUGCGCGAGGACUUUCCACAAAAGGGUCCACCUCACGGUCCACGUGCGCGUCCACACGGGCAAGAGGCCCUUCAAGUGCGCCGAGUGCUCGGAAACGUUCAACCAAAAGUCCAACCUUACCACCCACAUGCGCAUCCACACGGGUGAGAAGCCCUUCCGGUGCGCGGUUUGUUCGCAGUCUUUUCGACAGAAGCACCAUCUCAAGACCCACGCGAGGUUACACACGGACGAAAGGCCAUUUCGAUGUUCCCUGUGUUGGCUGUCUUUCCGGCAAAAACACCACCUGGAGGACCACGCGAAGAUCCACGGUAGCAUAUCCAAACCACAAGAGUGCGAUGCGUGUCCGCGAUCUUUCGACCAGAAGGGUCUUAUGCGCAACCAGUACAGAGCGUAUGUCUGCGACGAGUGCUCGAAAACGUUCAUGCGCAAGAGUAGCCUCGUGAGGCACAUAGGAUCCCAGCACGAUCAUCGCUGCACCCUGUGCCCGCAAACUUUCAUCCGAAGCAGUUAUCUCGAGAAUCACAUGCGCAAUCGGCACUGUUCCCCACGUGGUUUUGCUGACUCCAAGGGUCAUGAAAUUCAGCGUGAUUUAUAUCGUUGCACGGCGUGUUACCGGUCUUUUGGGGAAAUUGGCAGUUACAACUACCACGUGGCCGAGUGGCACCCGUACGGUUGCGACGCGUGCGAGUACUUUUGCAACACGUCCUCCGAUCUCUUGUGGCACAAACGCGACUGCCACGAUCUUUAA